GAUGGAUUUCACGGAGGCCUAUUCCGAUCGAUGUUCUGCCGUGGGGCUUGCAGCCAGAGAAGGAAAUGUUAAAAUGCUGAGGAGACUAAUUAAGCAGGGCUACAGCCUCGAUGUUCCGGAUAACAGGGGGUGGGUGCCAAUCCACGAAGCAGCAGCUCACAAUUCGAGUGAAUGUCUGAGGCUGCUACUUGGUGCAGCUCCAUCUGAUGACUACAUAAAUUCAAAGACGUUUGAAGGGAUGUGUGCGCUGCACCUUUCGGCACGCCACGGGUCUUUGGAAAGUGUUCGUGUUCUUCUGGAAGCUGGGGCUGACCCCAAUGAAGUUACCACUGAAGCAACCACCGCACUGUUCCUAGCUGUUGAAAAUGGACAUGCAGACGUUGUAAAGUUUCUGCUCCAACACGGAGCAGAUGUUAAAGGACCUCAUUCUUGGUCUGGAUGGAAUUCUUUGCACCAAGCUUCUUUUCAGGGAUGCACUGAGAUAAUGAAAAUACUCCUGGAGAAAGGGGCAAGCAAGGAAUGUAAGGAUGACUUUGGAAUUACACCUUUGUUUGUUGCUGCUCAGUAUGGAAAGCUGGAGAGUUUAAGACUGCUUGUAUCCCAUGGUGCAGACGUAAACUGUCAAGCCAAGGACAGAGCCACUCCCCUGCUGAUUGCUGCGCAGGAGGGCCAUGCCGAGUGUGUGGAACUGCUGUUAUCAAAAGGGGCAGAUCCAAAUCGCUACUGCAACGAGGAUAACUGGCAGUUACCUAUCCACGCAGCGGCUGAAAUGGGCCAUAAAAAGAUACUAGAGUUACUAAUACCAAUCACUGAUCGGAUUUGUGACAAAGGCAGAGGCAAAGUGAGCCCUGUGUAUUCAGCAGUAUAUGGCGGUAAUAAAGAAUGUUUGGAAUUGUUGCUUAAAGAAGGCUACAGUCCAGAUGCUCAAGAGUGCCUUAACUUCGACUGCAGAUCACCCAUGUGUAUGGUCUUCCAAAAAGAGUUUUUUUAUUUCAUUGAUAUUUUCCUGAAAUACGGAAUCGCCUUACUUGGGAUUAAUUUGGGAUAUUGCCUGUUCCAUGAAAAGUUUACUUUGUUUCGACGCUUCUUGAAGCUGGGCUGUUCACUGCCCUCUGGGGACCAAUUAUCGGAGUUCAUAAGUUACACAAUUAAAGCGCAUGAGGAGUACAAGGAAUGGCUGCCUUAUCUGCUCUUGGCUGGUUUUGAUCCAGUGAAUUUAAUGCGCAGAUUCUGGAUUUUCUCUGUGAGCGAGAAUGCCCUUAAUUUCAUCCUGGAGUUCACGAACUGGAAGAGACUUCCUCCAGCUGUAGAGCAAGACCUUUCAGACUACAAAGAGAAGUUCACUCGGACUCCCAAGAGCCAUUUUGCCUUCAUUCCUUCCCUGUCUCAUCUUUGUCGUCUUGAGAUCCGGUCCAUUUUAACGAGUGAACGCCUGCGAUCGGACCGGUUUAUCCGGGAAUUGCCAUUGCCAGCUUGUCUCCAGGACUACCUUCUCUACUUAGAUGUACUGCGAGUCAACGCUAUCCCAGAAGCGGAGGAUUAUCUGGGGCAGAGAGAGGAGGGAGCUCCCUCUACCAGUCACUCCAGCGCUGAAGAUGCAGAGAGGGGGGACGCCUGUAAGGCCAGUGUUAGGUGAUGGCGCUGCCAGUGACUGAACUCCGCGGCUGCAGAUUUUGUAAUGGCGACUAGCAGACACCAGAGAACUACUGUAAAUAACUGUAGUAAUAAGUCUUUUCAUGCUGUAGUUUUAUACUAUAGCUAGAAGUUCGUUAGAAGUUCUAUGAUUUACUUGUUUAAAAAGUCUGUUGUAGCUUUCUAAGUCUGUGAACAUUUUCUGGUUUUUGAAAGGAAAUUUUUAACUCUUACGAAGUAAAAUUAGCUUGUUCAAUGAACAUAGCUUAUAUAGUGGUCGAAAUCUAUUUGGUCAGACACUGCUAGUAGACGCUUUAUUCUAAGUACUGCAUAUGCCAAAUGAAAUUAUCUGAAAGUCAAGGAACACAAUA